CCGGAAGCCCCGACUGUGGCGGCAUCCGGGCGGCGGGCGGGACGGCGGGCGGCUGGGCCAACCGGGACAGGAGGCUGGCCGUGCUCACCCUUCUGCCCGCCAGUGACCCUGGGGAUUUCUUUUACGGUGGCUUUCUCUGAAAUGCCAAAGCCACCCGAUUAUUCAGAACCGAAUGAUUCUUUAACGCUUGCCGUGGGAACAGGAAGAUUUUCGGGACCACUGCACAGAGCAUGGAGAAUGAUGAACUUCCGUCAGCGGAUGGGAUGGAUUGGAGUGGGAUUGUAUCUGCUAGCAAGUGCAGCAGCAUUUUACUACGUUUUUGAAAUCAACGAGACUUACAACAGGCUGGCCUUGGAGCACAUUCAGCAGCACCCGGAGGAGCCUCUUGAAGGAACCACAUGGACACACUCCUUGAAAGCUCGGUUACUCUCCCUGCCUUUUUGGUUUUGGACAGUUAUUUUUCUGAUCCCUUACUUACAGAUGUUUCUGUUCCUUUAUUCUUGUACGAGAGCUGACCCCAAAACGGUGGGCUACUGUAUUAUUCCCAUAUGCUUGGCAGUUAUAUGCAAUCGCCACCAGGCAUUUGUCAAGGCUUCUAAUCAGAUCAGCAGACUACAACUGAUCGACACAUAAAAUCAGUCACCAUUUCUUCCUUACAAGUACAAAACUGCCAGUACUGUAUGGACCCUGAUCACAAGACUGCAGUUUCUUCACAGAUCUCAGGAAGUUGUGGUGGGGCAGAGGCUUUUUAAAGAAUGUGACGAGGGGGCUAUCUUUAUCUGAAUAAGGCAUUUUUAGGUGAUGCCUGAGAUCAGUACUACAAAAUCAUGUGGAUGACUUCAGAUUUUGGAAGUAAAAUUUUAUCUGUUAUUUGCAUUCUUUAGAAACUUGAAUAAGUACCUGGACUCAUAUUUUUAUUCUACUGUGCAACAUAGUGAUGAUUCAGAAAUUUUUCCUUUGGGGAAAACAUGAAUAUGAACAUUUCCAUUGUGUUUAAUGUCAAAAGGUCCAAACAUGGUCAUAAAAUUUAAAUUUUAUACAAUUACUUGGCUUGCUUUAAAAUUCUUCGAUCUAAAACACCAGUCCAUCCUGUUGUAGCUAAGCCAACUGUUUAUGCUUGUUUGCUAUCAGCUUGUGAGAAAUUGGUAUAAAAUUAUUGAAGUGAUGGCUGUCUUGAGAACCAAAAUGUAUUCUUCCUUUUGGUAAUGCUACUGGCAUUAAUUAGCUAGAAUUAUUAAUGCAACUUUUUUUUUAACUCCUUGGGAAAAGACGUAACUGAAAGUUGAGAAAUCUAACACAAAGAGGAUGGAAACAAGGUCUUCAGUGAAAAUACUUUAUCCAGUCCCUGUCAGAUGUGUGACAUCUAAAAGAUGCUCUCAAGUCAUCCUUCUGAUUUUUUUUUCUGCCUAAGGUUCAGUCUUCAGGCGAUAGGUUAAUUACAUGAAGAUGUGAUUCUUGUACUGCCUCCUUUGCAUUUGUACUUCCUACCUCAUGUCUGGUAACAAUACAAAUAACUAAAAAAUCGAAAAUUAGAUUUUAGGAUUAUUCUUUUUUUUCUGGGUGAGAUCAAGAUAGAUUUUUAUAUAGUUAUGUCAUCAAUACCAGCAAAAAGUUUUACACUGACUUUAAUAAGAAUCAUAACAUUGUUUGGUGCUUACUCUGUUGGGCCCUGUUCUAACAGCUUUACGUGAAUUAACUCAUUUAGUCCUCCCAACAACCCUGAGAUAACAGUUAUUGUUAUCCAGAUUUUACAGAUAAGGACAGUGAGGUGGAGAAGUGAAGUAACUUGCUAAAAGUCACACGGCCAAGAAGCAGAGCCAGAGUUCUAACCUGGCAUCUGAUGCCUUUAUUCCUAAUCACUGAGCUGUAGUGCUUCUCACAAAUGACAAAUGUUUCAGCACUGAGUACUGUCUGCCUAACCAUGCUAAAGAAGAGAAAAGAACUGA